CAUUGGUUUAAGAUGAUGAACCUAGUCAGGAUUUGAUCUACAUUAAACAUAGUUAGGCAGCCUGCUUUAUCAAUUAAAAUUAUGUAAUUAAUUAUGCAAAAGUGGUCUGGAAAAGAAAACAGAUAAUUUAGAUGAUACAACCGUUUUUGUCGUUAUAGUAGCGGCAUUGCCUUUAAAUGUCAUCCUCAAAAUAGCUCCUCAAUGAAACAACAACAACUCUAUAUAUAUUCUCUCUGAAUUUUUUUAUUUAUAUUUUUUUUUCUUUUGUUGGAAGAAAAAUGCCAGGACUAACGGGGCCUUCCGAUUACUCCCAAGAACCUCCUCGUCAUCCUGCUCUUCUCGUAAACUCAAAGGAACCCUUCAAUGCGGAGCCACAUCGUUCUUGCUUGGUUUCAUCUUAUGUUACUCCCGUUGAUUUUUUCUAUAAGCGCAACCACGGACCUGUUCCCUUACUCGACCACCACAUUGACAAAUACAGUGUUUCUGUAGCCGGUCUGUUAGAAAAUCGUAAAGAGUUGUACAUGAAAGACAUCAUAAAGCUUCCAAAAUAUGCUGUCACUGCCACUCUACAGUGUGCUGGCAAUAGGAGAACCGCCAUGAGCAAAACCCGAAAGGUCAAAGGAGUUGGAUGGGACAUUUCAGCCCUAGGAAACGCCGUUUGGAGUGGGGCCAAAUUAGCAGAUGUUCUUGAACUCGUGGGAAUUUCCAAACACUCGCAUAUAUCACCACAUGGAGGAAAACAUGUGGAAUUUGUAAGCAUCGACAAGUGUAAGGAAGAGAACGGAGGCCCUUACAAAGCAUCAAUCCCGUUAAGCCAUGCAACAAACCCCGAGGCUGAUGUUUUGCUAGCUUAUGAGAUGAAUGGAGAGACUCUUAACAGGGAUCAUGGAUAUCCAUUACGUGUGAUUGUCCCCGGUGUUAUCGGUGCUCGUUCUGUCAAAUGGCUUGACUCCAUCAACAUCAUUGCACAAGUAUGCCAAGGAUUCUUUAUGCAAAAGGAUUACAAAAUGUUUCCACCUUCAGUCGACUGGGAUAACAUCGACUGGUCCACUAGGCGUCCUGUUAUGGAUUUUCCUAUUCAGAGUGCGAUAUGUUCUCUGGAUGAAGUAAACGAUUUACGGCCUGGAAAGAUAUUAAUCAAGGGUUAUGCGGUGUCGGGAGGUGGGAGAGGUAUAGAGAGAGUAGAUGUAUCUAUAGACAAUGGCAAGAGCUGGGCAGAAGCCUCAAAAUCUCAGAAAGACGACAUUACAUACAUUUCUGACGACAAUGAAAGAAACGAUAAAUGGGCAUGGGUGCUUUUCGAGGCUGAGGCUGAUGUUACAGACACCACUACUCACAUAGUUGCCAAAGCUGUGGAUAUAGCAGGAAAUAUCCAGCCUGAAAAUGUGGAAUUCAUUUGGAACUUGCGAGGAAUUCUCAACACCUCAUGGCAUCGUGUUCGUGUUCACAUUGGCAGCUCUAAUCUUUCGAGAGCAAAAUAUUCCAUGUGAUUUUAGCUCAGACUAAGAAAAUUUGGCGACUGUGGAUACAUAUGCAUAGGAGUGUUUGUUCUUUGUAUGUACUCGCGUUUUCGCCGUGUCUGUUAUUUUGCUCUGUUUAUCAUUGUCAAUUGAUGCACAUUCAUUG